AAUUUGAUACAAAAAAAUGGACCAAAAUCAUCAAGAAAACGAACCUCAUGUGCUCAUUUUUCCGAUACCCUUCCAAGGCCCGGUCAACUGUGCUCUUAAAUUAGCCGAACUCCUAUGUCUUUCCGGCAUCCACGUCACCUUCCUCAACACCCAUCACAUCCACCGCCCUCUCCUGCGCCACACUCAAGUCUUAUCCCGAUUCAACCGAUACCCAAACUUCAGAUUCGAGACCAUCCCAGAUGGACUCGAGCAUGAAAACCCUGUCUCCGGCGACCGGUUUGAGGAGGUCAUGGAUGCUAUUAAUGCUGUGAGCAAACCACUUUUCCAGGAGAUGAUGGUUUCCGGUCACCUGAGUAGUAAAUCGGAGCGGCCGGUGACAGUGAUAAUACCAGAUGGGGUGUUCAAUUUUGCGGUGGAAAUAGGUUUAGAAUUGUCGAUUCCGGUGAUUUCUUUCGAAACAAUUAGUCCAUGCAGCUUGUGGACUUCUAAUUUGAAUCUUCCUGCGCUUAUUGAAGCUGGAGAAGUUCCUUUCAAAGGUAAUGAUUUAGAUGAACUGGUAAAAAAUGUGCCGGGGGCACAAAAUAUUCUCCGGCGACGGGAUCUUGCUCCUUAUUGUCGUCUCAGUGACUUAUCCGACCCUGAAAUUCAACGUACCUUGCGAGAAGCUCGAACCAUCCCUCUGGCUCAAGGUCUCAUACUCAACACAUUCGAACACUUAGAUGUUCUCCUACUCCCACACAUGCGAAACCUCUGCCCAAAUAUUUACACUAUAGGCCCGUUGCACUCUCUCCACAAAGCUCGACUCACCGCCGACACCGAACAAUCAUCGCCGGAAACCACCUUUUCCAACAGCGUUUGGGAAGAAGAUAGAAGUUGCCUGUCGUGGCUUGACAAACACCCUCCAAAAACCGUUGUUUAUGUUAGCUUUGGGAGUCUGUCAUCCACCACAGUCAAUCAGCUACUCGAGAUAUGGCAUGGUUUGGUUAACAGUGGGAAACCGUUUCUGUGGGUGAGACGGCCGGGAUCAAUCACUGGUGGGUACGAUCAGACUCAGCUUCCGAGUGAGUUAAUUGAUCAUACUGCACGAAUGGGGUGCAUCGUAGAUUGGGCUCCACAAGAAGAGGUCCUCGCCCAUCAAGCCGUUGGUGUGUUUUUGACACAUAGUGGUUGGAACUCGACCAUGGAAAGUAUAGUGGAGGGCGUUCCCAUGAUUUGUUGGCCGUUUUAUGUCGACCAAUUUGUGAAUAGUCGAUUUGUGGAAGAGGUAUGGAAGGUGGGAAUAGACAUGAAAGACAAGUGCGAUAUGGUGAUUGUUGAAAAGGCGAUAAGGGACGUGAUGGACGUGAGACAAGACAUGUUUACACGAUCGGCACGUUGUUGGGCAAAUCUUUCAAAAGAGUCGAUAAGCGAGGAUACAGGUUCUUCGACUAGAAAUUUGGAUCGUUUGAUCGACGAUAUAAGAGUAAUGAGCAGGAGCACAAGGUAAGAAUGAAAUGUCGAUGUUUGUACUCCAAUUGUGUUUUUUAUGUCUUAUUGAGCCAUGGUACUUUGUGUGUUUGAACUAAUGUUGUUUUUCUCAUUGGAUUGUACUAAUAAAAAUAUCAUAAGUCUUCGUUUCAGC